AUGCUAGUGGAACCAAAUUUUGCGGUGAAAAUUACCAAAGCCUGUUGUGUCUUACACAACUUUGUGAGACGCCGUGAUGGGUUUAAUUUUGAGGGUAGCUUGAAUGGUGGUAUGGAUAGCAUAACUGAGAGAAGAGGAGUUGGCAAUGCUCAGACAAAUGCGAAGGAUGUCAGGGAGUAUUUUGUAAAAUAUAUCAACCACCCAAAUAAUGCGCUUAGCUGGCAAAAUAAAAUAAUUGGUAAGUAA